UGAUAUAUAAGACUAGCUUUCUAAGGUUCUCUUCAGAAUAUGUUUUAAGUAAUCCUAUUGAACUUUUAUUGUCCACUAACUCCACUUUAGCACUGAGUAGUAAAUCAACCUCCCCACCAUCCUCUCCUCAGGGAACUUUAUGACUAAGUGUUCAUCAAAACAGCUAGGAACAAAUGUCAAUUUAUAGUGUGAUAACAAAAACAACAAGGGAAGCCUCAAACAGCCCCUAAUUAAACUAAUUAUUAAAUUAUUUGAGAAACCCAGCAUUAAAGAAAUGGGUAUUCCUAUGUUCUCCCAAAGUUGGUCUUUUUGGAUAUUGGCUGAGAGCGGGAUUGGUCAUCACAAUCGACAUUACUGCAACUGCAGACAUGCAACUGGCAGUCCAAGGUCUUAUCUGUAGUGUGAAACACAUACCAGUGUCCUGGGUUUCAGCUGGAGUGGGUUCAUUUUCACAAGAAGCUGGAAGGGGGCACAGCUGAGACAGCUGACCCAGAUCAUAUGACAUCAUGCUCAGAAUAUAACUGGAGGAACUGCCAGAAUCUUGGACUGGAAUGGGAAUUUGAAGUGCUGGCAGGAGGUGUAUAAGUGAUACAAGAUGGAGGUGACCAAGCAGACCCUACAGUCAGAGAAGGAGGAAGAAAAGAGGACCAUCAGACCAGAGACCCCUCUGCAAGCCAUGCUACCCAAGGACUACUGCUUCAAAGGAGCUCUUCCAGAGGAAGUGAAACAGUAGCGGCUUUUCAGAACUCAUAAUAAAUUCAUUAAUGUGAUUAUUUAAAAUGCACUACAUUUCAACACACAGAAUGGGGUAAAAGAAGACUCUUCUAGUCUACAUUCACCUAUAUAAGUCCCUCAGUCCAGCAACAGCAAUAAUCAACUGAAAUGAAGAAAUCGCAGUACAGCUCAAAUUUGGGAACAAAUCUUUGCCUUGUUUUUUUAGCUUUUCCCAGACACCAAGGAUGAGUUAAGAUCCCAUGCCAAAGCUAAUCUCUUUCAUCGCAAGAACAGAAAAAAAAAGGGAGUAAAGACACACUCCUGGGUUUGCAAAAUACACCAGGCCAACCUUAUACCGUAUCCCUCUUGACAUUUAAGUCAAAAGCAACAGUGUCUCACAACAAGCAGUAGAAAAAAACCUGCAUAACAGCCAUGCUCUGCUUAAACUUAGCCUGGAAAAAAAAAAAAAAACAAAACCCUAUCUGCACUGUGUUACUAUGGUGGCAAAAUUGGUGGUGGAGUAUUACCAGUAACUAUUAUCAAGGACUUGAAGUGAAAAACAAAAUCCUAUUGGAGUGGCUGCUAAGCUGCCUUCUCCUGAGUAGUUUUACAAAGUACCCAAAUAUCAUGGACUGCAUGGCAAGAUGAGGCACUCAGCCUCAGCUUUUCUGCUGUUUUAAGGAAUCACUAGAAAAGACCCAGAAAGAUCACCGAGUCCAAAUGCUGAAAUAAUUAGAAAAUAUGAAAUGCCUAUAAAAUAUUAGAAAUGCCCAUAAUUAGAAAAUAGGCACUGUUUCACGAUAUUAAAAUUAUAUAAGCCUAUAGAGCUGAACUUGCCUUGUUGGAACACUGUCCUUAAGCACCUGGUGAAGUUCUUGCAUAAACGGCGGUCAUCCCAAGAGGUACAGCUCUUGGGAUGGAUGAUACGGCACAACGAGAGUGCGCCAAAAGCUCCCACUUUUCUGCCGUUUCCGAAAGGCACUGCAGCGCUCUACUGUGACCCACGAAACAGCAAAACAAAGCAGCAAGCAUCGCACUGUCGCAAAGACUUGCUGAGCGUAUUUAAAACUCAGAGCAUCGUAGCGUUAAGAGGUAGAAGCAACUUUAGCGAUUAUCAUACUAAAUGAUAAACGUUAACUAACAACGGAAUAUCAAUCCCCACAGUUGGAAAACUGUAGUAAAGACGUAACUAUCAAGACUGACCCUAAAUUGCCACAGAAGCGCACUUCUCCUGCCAUCUGCCACCCCCGUCCUCGCAGCACACCUGAGUGACAGCAACCGCCGCGCGAUAGCCCUCUCUGAGCGCCAGUGACCCCCACCACCGCCACCACCCAGUGCCCCAGCCCGUACCUGUGCGCGUAGUGCAGGACGAAGCAGCCCAGCAGCAGGCGGUUGGGCCAGGAGGCAGCUACUGCCCCGCCGCAAGCUGCGAGCCCGAGCGGGACGAGGAGGGAGGGCAGCUCCUGCAGCGCCCAGGCAAGGCGGGCGGGCAGCAGCCAGCCGAAGCGCCGCGAGUAGUACCGGCCGUAGGGCAUGGGGAUAAAGCGGAGCAGCAGCGCAGAGGCAGCGCCCAGCACCACCAACGCGUAGGAGAGCAGCUCUAGCAGCCGCCGCUCUUCCGGGCCCGCCGCCCGCCGCCAGAACUCGCACACGCUACCGCUUCCUUCCAUCCUACUCCACAAACAGCUCCCACCACCUCCGGCGCCUCCAUUCAUCGGCCGCCCGGCGCCGCGCCCACAGGCGCCGAUAACCAAUCGGCGUCGGGGGCGUUUCUUGGCACCGCCCCCUGAGUCCGCCGAUGGAGCAGCGCCACUGCGGGCAGGAGAGGUGCUUUGUGAGCGGAAGUUCCACCGGGGCGACGGUAUGACGCCGCGCCAAUCCGGAAGGAGUGCUGGGAGAGGGUUCGCGCAUGUGCUUAGCGCCGCGAGCACGCGGUGCCGUAGAAGUGUGAUCCUGUUGUGCCUCCGGCGGGGAGGGGUGGGAGCGGCCGUCCUCACGGCGGGGCUCGGCCGGCGCCUGAUCGCCAUGGGCCGCCGGGCGCGCGACCGCAGGCGGCAGCAGCAGCAACAGGAGCGGCAGGAACAAGGCGGCGGGGAUCAAGCGGGCUGGGCCGGCGGCUACCCCGAGAUUAUGAAGGAGAACGAGCUGUUCGAGCGCUACUACCGAGAGCUGGGCAUCGUACCCGCCGGCGAGUGGGACGCCUUCAUGGCGGCGCUGAGGGAGCCACUGCCUGCCACGCUGCGCAUCACCGGCUACCGGAGUCACGCUAAAGAGAUUCUUCACUGUUUGAAGGAGAAAUACUUCAGAGAACUGCAGGACCUGGAGGUGGAUGGCCAAAGAGUCGAAAUGCCUCAGCCACUGAGCUGGUAUCCUGAAGAGUUAGCGUGGCACACUAACUUGAGCAGAAAAAUCUUACGCAAGUCACCACAACUGGAAAAGUUUCAUCAGUUUCUGGUUAGCGAGACAGAGUGUGGAAAUAUCAGUCGUCAGGAGGCUGUUAGUAUGAUUCCACCUCUGCUGCUGAACGUUAACCCUCAUCAUAAGAUUCUAGAUAUGUGUGCUGCACCUGGAUCUAAGACUGCACAACUCAUUGAAAUGUUGCACGCAGACAUGAAUGUUCCUUUUCCCAAGGGUUUUGUAAUUGCUAAUGAUGUCGACAACAAGCGCUGCUAUUUGCUGGUUCAUCAGGCUAAGAGAUUAAACAGCCCAUGCAUCAUGGUGGUAAAUCAUGAUGCCUCCAGCAUUCCUAAUCUGCAAAUAGACGUUGAUGGAAGAAAAGAGAUCCUCUACUAUGACAGGAUUUUAUGUGACGUCCCCUGCAGUGGAGAUGGAACCAUGAGGAAAAACAUUGAUGUAUGGAGGAAGUGGACAACACAAAACAGUUUGCAACUCCAUGGAUUGCAGUUAAGAAUUGCAACACGUGGUGUGGAACAGCUGGCAGAAGGUGGGAGAAUGGUAUAUUCUACCUGUUCAUUGAAUCCUAUUGAAAAUGAAGCUGUGAUAUCAUCUCUGCUGGAAAAGAGUCAAGGUGCCUUAGAACUCGCUGAUGUCUCGUCUGAGUUACCAGGUUUGAAGAGGAUGCCGGGAAUUACAAAAUGGAAGGUAAUGCUGAAAGAUGGACAGUGGUUUGAAGAGUGGAAAGAUGUGCCUUCAAAUAGACAAACACAAAUACGUCCCACUAUGUUUCCAAUAAAAGAUGAAGAGAAACUAAAGGCAAUGAGUUUAGAGCGUUGUCUUAGGAUAUUACCACAUCACCAGAACACAGGAGGUUUCUUUGUGGCUGUGUUAAUUAAAAAAUCUCCAAUGCCAUGGAAUAAACGCCAGCCUAAGGUUCAUCGGAAGUUACCCCAAAGAGCAGGAGAUACUGAAGUGACAGCAGCUAAUUCAGAUAAUGAUUCUGAAUGUAUUGCUGAAGAACCAACAGUUAUUGAAAAUGAAGAGUCUAUGAAAAUGCAAGAAUUUCCAAAUUCAGACACUGACCAAAGCAAAAAAGAAGGAGUAUGUGGACCACCACCAUCUAAAAAAAUGAAGCUGUUUGGUUUUAAAGAAGACCCUUUUGUGUUUCUCCCUGAAGAUGAUCCAUUGUUCCUUCCUAUCCAGAAGUUUUAUGCAUUGGACUCAUCAUUUCCCAAGAUGAAUUUACUAACUCGAACUCAAGAAGGAAAGAAGAGACAGCUGUACAUGGUUUCUGAGGAGCUAAGGAAUGUGCUUCUGAACAACAGUGAGAAGAUGAAGGUUAUUAACACAGGAAUAAAGGUCUGGUCUCGCAACAGCGAUGGUGAACAAUUUGGAUGUGCAUUCAGAUUAGCACAAGAGGGAAUUUAUACUCUAUACCCAUUCAUUCAUGCAAGGAUUAUAAAUGUCUGCAUAGAAGAUGUUAAAAUUCUGCUAACCCAGGAAAAUCCAUUCUUAAGUAAAUUUAGCAGUGAAACACAGAAGAAAGUCAAAGAUAUGGUGAUGGGAAGUGUAGUUCUGAAGUACAGCCCAGACCCUGAAAAACCUGAUGAUCUUCAGUGUCCUAUAGUGCUGAGUGGUUGGCAAGGAAAGACAUCACUCCGUGCCUUUGUGCCCAAGAACGAGAGACUUCAUUACCUGAGGAUGAUGGGAGUUGAAGUGUUUAAAGCAAAGAGGAAAGAGGAAAAAAUGGAAAGUAAAACAGAGGAAGUUCAAAAUAGGCUGGCACAAAUAGAGGAAGGAAUGGAUGUAGAAGAUAAAGAACAAGAUUUAGCCACAAAAAUGGAAGCAGAAAUAGGUGAAGAAUCUUCCCACAGUCCUGUGGAAAGCAGUGGCAUGGAAGUAGAAAACAAAAUUGAGGAUUUAGAUGAAUCUAGUAAAAAUGCCAACAGUCAUGUAGGUGAGGAAAGCAGACACAGAUAUGAGUAAUGUGAAAGAUUAGGUUUCUUUCUCUAUUACUUGACAGCUUCUAUGAGGCUCACAUCCAGACUUGCUUUUAGCAUAGAAGUGUAUUUUAAAAUUUUGGUUGGAAUGGGAUGUUCCUCUCUUAAAGUUUCACUUAUUUUAUUUUUUAAAUGAAAACUAUAAACAAAUUUCAAGUGUGUUGUCUUUUUACUCUUUUAAGUUCCAUAUUACUGGUAGAUUUACGUGUCUGUUGCUGGCAAUGGACCGGUAAAAUCUAAAGCCUGUAUUAGAAAUGGAUUAGUGGUAUGUACAAAUGAACUACUGUGUAAAUGGUCAAGAAAUCCAUCAGAAGAAAAAAAUAGGAUUUUAUUCAGUGCAGUAGAUUGUAGGAUGUUCUAGAAGAACAUUUUUUCUCCUAAGGUCAUUUACCCCACCUACCACUCAUUCUGAUUAUUACUUAACGCUGGUUCUUUAAUGGAUAAGGGGGUCAGUGUGAGUAUCCAUACAAAUGCACAUGUAAGAUACCUGUUUAACAAUUCAGUUAACAUUCAUUGAAAAUAAAGCAGUGCACAGCAUCCUGGGGGAAAAAUAACCCAAAACCAAACCAAACCAACCAACCAAAAAACAACAAACCAAAAACACAGAAUGCAUUUUGCCAGAGACUGAAGUCUCGAAUUCUUCCUCAGUGUGAUGAAUUGAAUUGCUUGACAGGCACACCUAGUAAAUGUCAUUCACUAGAUCCUCAAGUAUGCAGAGUGUGUCUCAAAUUCAUAUCUUGAAAUGUGCCUAUUUAAGAGUCUGUGACUGCCCCUCAAAUCUACUGCAUCCAUCUCUUUCAUUUUUUCAAGUAGGAGUCAUCUCUGAUUUUUGCAAGAUAUUUAUUUAUAGCUGAAAUAACACUUUAAAAAAAAUGUGGUGCUGUAUAUAUGUAGAUGUUUAAAAGAGGUAACUUGAAAAAAGAAUUAGUUGGCUACCUCAGAAACUCAGAAAAUCCUUUGGGGCUUAGUGUCAGCAAUAACUAUUUGUACUUGUAUCAAGUUGACCUGCAACUAGUGGUACAAGGCAUUGUCCUCCACUGGAACCAUGACAAUAGAAAUAUUUCUGUUGCUUAUCAAAUUAAAUUUUUACCAUGUAUGUUUUCACUGAUUAAUUCCUGAUUUGGCUUGGAUCCAUUUGCUGUACGUUGCUACAAUGGACUUUCUGAUGUCUGCCCUUGAACUACUUCAUGAAAGGGAAUAUUCUUGAGGGAGAGACAUAAAAAUGAAAUAAUGCCAUGUCCUCUGAUAAAAUUUUAGUUUCAUGCAGUGAGGAACCAUUGACAGGACUAAAUUUCCUCCUGAGGGUGUGUAAAAUAGGUUAAUAAAAAAUCAAUUCUUGCUCUUGUAUUUUGCCAAGUUUUCAGUGUGUUCUUUGAGCUGUCAUGCUGCAGAUGCUUUUCUUGGCAACUGGACUGUAGGGUAGCACAGAAUAAUUUUCAUUUGAAUUAAAGUGUCUUUAAGGUAUAUUUUUUUAAUUCUUAAAGGAAAAAAAAAAUAGGAAACUAUAUGAGGAAAAAAAUAUAUCAACAUGAAACUUCAAGCUGAAACUUCACAUUGGUUUUCAUACCUUUACAUUUAUUCUGACAUUGAAAUGGAAGACUACUGUCAUUGUUAAGUUCUUGUCGCCAUCACAGUUUGCAGUACUCAACCCUCAGAAUGACUGACUUUAAUCUGUUUGAUCUUUUUGUACUCUAAUGAUCUCCAUAAAUUAACAGAUGGUCAAAUGUUAAAAUUUUCUGUGAAGAAAUUAGAAUAUGUUUUGAAUUGUGCCUGCUGUUACUGUGUCUACUGAUUAUCUCUGACCAGCAUUUAAAGCUUUGUUUCAGUCAGUGACUCAGGUAAGGAUACAAGUUUAUGAUAAGUGGAGCUGGUAAGAAUAAUUGUUGAGACAGAUAAUCCGGAGAAAUCAUUGAAAAGCCAACUAGAGAAUUUUUUUUGACUGAGCUUACUACUGGCAGACUAAAAUGAGAGUAUAAAUCUCUUAUAUGAGAGCUAAAGUAGGUUCUUGGAUCAUAAACUGACUGAAAUUGAGUAUAACUUAGACUUCAUUUUAAAUCCUUGGAAUAGUCCCAUUUUCCCUACAUUAUCUAUGAAAUUUUGCUUUGCUCGUGCCUUUUUGGAGGGGUUUUUUUACUGUCAAGUGCAAGUGGGAGAUUUCAGCCAAGAAACUGGGAGUCUUAUUUUCUUGUGCUGAUAAUCACAUUUACUCUGUAUCUCCAAAAACCCCCUCAGAGAUUGCAGAUUAUUACUUUUUUUAAAUAUAGUGAGUUUGCUUUCACCAGUUUCUCUGUCCCAGUUGCUGUUUCCUUGGUUGCCGGAAAGGAAGAUGCCCAGGCAGUGGCUGAAAGCACUGUUGUAGCCUCGCAGGCUCAGAGCCUGAUGAAAUGGGAUAUGUUUUGUUCUUCUGUCUCUGCUGAGUGUUGUGCUACUGUGGUUGGGAUGGUUAAGUGACUGAGCCUAUGCUUGGGUGAUUUUGAAUGUGAGCUGCAAAUAAUUUAAAAGGAAGAUGGAAGAAGAGUGAUAGGCAAUUAUGUUCAGCUCAAAGCCAAUCUUUAUAAGCAAUCCUAGUUAAAUGUUGUGAGAUGGUUGCACUUUUUUAGCAAUACUGGACUGUAGAUGUUUGCAGUGAUGAUAGGGAGUUUAAUAUGUGAUAGAGGGGAAACAAGAGAUUUUCUGCAUCUAAAUGAAUAGUCCAAUUCUGUUCUGCUUAGAGAUGGCCUCAGAAGUUGCUGGACCCUUCAGAAAAUAAUUUCCUGACUGAAAAACCUGUAAGGAAAAGGAGGGAAAACACCAAAAUACUCUUCUGUAGCUUUUUCUUCAGUAUUUAGCUGAUGUUAGUCAUUGCUUUGCAAAUUAAAAUUUUCAUACUUUGGCACAAAAUUAAUAUACCAUCAUCUAGUGCCACCAAGGUGAUUUUUUUCCUUAAAUGUCUGAAUCUUGUUAAUUCCCAGUGAAACUUCUCAAAGUAUACAGCCUCCUGGAGAAAGUUCUGCUUAGAAACUUGUAGGCUCAUCAAAGUAAAUCUAUUUAACUCCUGGAAGAACCUCUAUCUGAUGCUGCAGCAAAGGGAAACCGGUGUUGCAGCAGGAAGACGCCAGCACUGAGAAGCAGCAGCAGUGUGCUGGUGCGAGUCCUUUAAACAAGCCCCAGCAAAGUGAGGCAGACACAACAGCCCUUCAGUUCUUCCCGGCAAGUGCUCAGCUGAGGCUGUUGGGUAGUAGGCACGUGGGGUGGCUGUGUGGCCUGCUCUCUUGCUGGGGAGGUGGUGGCAUGUAGUUUGGCCAGCUGAUGCAAGGCAGCUCCCUUUGGGCAAGGCCGCUCGACAGGCACAUAGUCCCGCUUUUCUGUUUAAAUGAGUUACCCAUGCAUAGCUUUAGUAGGAUGGGUAACAACUCAAGGUACUCUGUCUACACUCCCAGCUGAGCCAUAUACCUCUUUGUAUUUCUGAUGUUUUGCAUCGUCCGCUCUCGUUUUCCAUUUGUCAUUCCUUGAAAUUAUUGACUCUGCCACUUUUUGUGUAGCUAAAAGGCUUUCAGGUGUGUCAGCAAUGGACUUUUGCCCAUUCCUAAAAGGAAAACCUAUAUGAACAGUGGCCAAAACAGUUCUUUCUUACAAUUCCUGUAAGGACAGAGCAAACAUAACAUGACCUGUGUGCAGAAUAUUCUGCCAGAUUCCUGGGGUUUCUUGAACCUGAGGUGUCUUCUUAGGGGUUUAAUGGUCCUUUUUGUAUUUUUCCUUCAUGAAUUUGCCAGUUGCUCCCUGAGACCAUGUGAACUUUUGGCACUCAUCUUGUGGCAAGAAGCCCCAACAUCUACCUGUUGUGCAAAGUUAUUUUUGCUCCUAAGAGCUUUGUUUGAUGAUCCCCAAUUCUUGCAUUGGACAAGACAACAAAUGGUUGCUGACUAGUUUCUUCAGGACACUUGUGAUUUUAUUGUGCUCUUGUCAUAUACCUUGUCGGUCACUUGUUUUGCAAGCUGAAGAAUCCUAGCUUACUGUUUUGUUCCAUAUAUGGAAACUCUUCUAAACCUUUCAUCAUCUUAUGUUUCUGAACUUUUGUCAGUUUCUAUGUUUCUUUUCCAGAUGGAGGAGCCAGAACUGCACAUGAUGCUUAGGAUGUGACAUUUGUGCAUGUGUGUGGUCUGUGUUCUGUCCUCCAGUCAUCUGGUUGGCAGGUUUUUUAAUGAUACUGAAUAUCAAGCUGAUGCUUCAAUUGAUUUGCUUAUCAUAAUCUCAUUAUUAUGUUCUGCUGUUUUACACGUGUUAGCAUUAUUCUUCCCCACAUAAAAUCACUUUUAUCUAUAUUGAGUUUUAUUGGUAAUUUUAUCACCUGGUUUUUCAGCAUUGUAAGGUCCUCCUGCAAUUCUUUGUAGUUGGACCAACAGCUACUGAUUUAAUUGUAUCCAACCCAGAAUAUAUUUCAGGAAGUCUGCAGGCCCUUGGCAACUCUGAAGGGAUCCAGAGCUCGUUGUUUCACUAAGACAAGAUCAUAGGUGAGGAAUUUUACAUUGAAAUUUUGGGAAGGUGGAUGACCAAGCACCAAAGAGAGUACAGUAUUUUCUUUCCAAUAUUUUUUAAAAAUUAAAUAUCUAUUCACAAAAUACCAUCAUAGAAUGCCUUUUGUCUGUAAUAUACCACCUUAUAGGAGAGGGGAAAAUGUCCUUAGGAACAGAGCAGUCAGACUUCUGGAGGCUCCCUUGAAUCUUUUCCAGGGCUCCUUAAACUAGAAGACUUAUCUGUGAAGCUCUUGAGAACCACUCUCUAAAUUCCCAUUUCCUGUGGCUUCUCAGGCUUCACAUUCACCAACUAACUCAUUAUGCAACAAGUUGAUACCCUGAACACUCUUACCAGGAGGUCUUGCUCAUGUAGGUCUGAAUGUUUCCUUUGCCAGCCAAAUCUUCAGCUGGCACUCCAGGGCAGUGAAAAGGGUGUUGGAAAAACAACCUGAAAUACUAAAAAUAUAUUUCAGAUGUUCCAAGUGGAUUUAAAAAGCCAUUUUACCCUGUAGAAAACUGCAUUUUUAACUUGUUGUGUGCUGUUGUCUGAUUUUUUGCAAAUGCAAAAUCUCUUGGGAAAGGAAAUUCCAGGUCCUGCAUGGAAGCAAACAGCAUCACGAACCCAACACCAUUAUAAAAUAGUGGCAUCUCCCAAUAAGAAAUAUGAAUGUAAUGACAGCUAACAUAAUUAAAGCUUCCUAACAAUUUUUUUGAACCCACUUGCUAAUGUAUCAGCAUAAGGCUAGUUUCUUAACCCAAAGAAAAAGGCAGAAGUAAGAGGGGAGGAGUGGAGGGAGGGCAGAACAGAAAAUGUUCGGUAACACCCAUGGUGCUGAGUCCAGUUACGUAGAAUGUAAAGCCAAGUGGUGGGUAACUUAUGAUUCAAGGUGAGCCAGAUGAAGGAUGGUUCUCAGCAACUGUUUUUUUAAAUGGCAGAGGAAUUUCAUGUUCAACUAGGAAGCCUUAUACAUUCCACAUGCUUGCCAUGAAGAAGUGAGCCAGCCUGAGUUUGUAGAAGACCUACAGACAGCAGCUGAGGACAGUGCAACAAGAGCCAGUCAAUCACUGAGAGCUUUUUCUGUUUGUAAAAUCACAGAAACACAGAGGUAUUUCAGUUGGAAGGGGCCUGUGGAGAUCACCUAGUCUAAACCCCUGCUCAAGCAGAGCUAACUCCAAGGUUGGGCUAAUUUGCUCUGAGCUUUGCCCAGAUCAGUCUAGAAAAUCUUUAAAGAUUUGCACACCUCUCUGGACAAGCUCUUCUAAUCCUUAACCAUUCUUGUCAGGAAGAAUUUUUUUCCCAUAUGUCCAGUUCAAGUUUUUCCUGCUGCAACUUCUGCCUGUUGCCUCUGAUCCUAUCACUAUGUACCCUUGCGAAAAGUUUGGCAUAUUCACUGUUGAGGUGAAGAGAGGAGCUGAAAACCCUUUAACAGUCUUUUCUGUAGGUUACCCAAAGCCAGCUCUCUCCUCCUCUCCUCAUUAUAGCCUCCCAGUCUCUUGAUGGGCCUUUACUAGUGGCCCUCUCCAAUUGGCAGAUCUUCUAAUCGAGGACUCACACUGGACACAACACUGGAGAUUUAGCCUCACAAGCAACAAGUAGAGGGAAAUCUAACUCUCAUAGAUGUCUGCUUUCUCCCUGAGUAGAUCUUUGUUCAUCCAUGGAAGCCUCCUGUCUCCUUUUCUCACUUUUCUACUUGCAGGGAUACACCAGUCUUGGGCUUGGAGGAAGUGGCACUUGAAGAUCAACCAGUUCUCUUGGGCACUUCUACCAUCUAGGAUCCUAUCCCAUGAGAUCCCUCCAAGCAGGUCUUUGAAGAGGACAAAGUCAGUUCACUUGAAAUCCAGGGUUGCUAUCCUCCUCAGUGCCUUGCGUCUUCCACACAGGACCUUAAACUCUUGGUCACUGCAGCCAAGGUUGCCUCCAACCCUCACAUCCCCAACCAGACCAUCUUUAUUUGUCAACACGAAGUCCAGCAGCACACCCCUUCUCAUUGGUUCCACCUGUGACAGGAAAUUCUCAUCGUCAUUCUGUAGGAACCUCCUGGACUGUGUGUGCUUGGGUGAGUGGCUUUGCCAGCAAAUAUCAGUGUGUUUGAAGUCUCCCAUGAAGACCAGGGAUUAUGAUCAUGAGGCAGCUCCUGAUCAGGUGGCCUAUAACAAACUACUAUAACAACAUCACCUACAUUACCCUGCCCCUUAAUUUUCACCCACAAACAUUCAACCUGCCCCUCAUCCCCACCCAUACAGAGCACAAUACUCUCUAAUUGCCCUUAUAUAGAGACCCACUCCACCUCUUCUUCAGACAAUCUCAAAGUACUAAUGAAACAGCAAUGGAAAGUGUUUUUCAUCCCCUCAUCUGAGGCCCUAUCUUGAUUUCUGAGGGGGGUUAUCUACCUUAGCUUGAAAUCCUCUUAAACCUGCAGGUUAGAGUUUUAGACACUACAGUUUCUGAUCCUAAAGAGGGUUGAAUCCAAUCAACUUUUUCUCUCUCAUAGAAAAAAGUAAUUAACUGAAAGCAUAACUAUGACAGAAGGAUCAAUGGAAGAUAAUAUGUUUGGCAUGUUGCUAAGAGAUCUCUAGAUAGCCAGGUUGGUCACAGAACAUGCACCAUUUGGUGUAAAGCCCUUGCAGUGCUAAGUCUCUCUGAUUGCAAUACAUUAUCUGUCACACUGCUGAAAAACUCUCUGAACUGUGGAGAAAGGGGACAUCUUACUUCUUUGAGCUCUUCACCUUCUCCCACAGAUAAUAGGAGCUGGUUGUUGGUGGCCCAUAGUAAGUUGUCCACAUUUUCUGAAGAAAUUUCCUUCUGCCUUCUCUAAUGUAAUCAUUUAGUGCCUGUAGGAUCUUUUGUACAAAUUGACAGAAACAAGAAGUUGACAUCACCUUCUUACUGAAUGGCUGUUUACAAGGGGAAAAAGAAACUGACCUCUUUCCAAAAGGGUUGAAUAUUGCUAUGUCUCUUGUGCAACCUUCUUUGCUUCUAUGGGCAUUUUUUCACCACCUUGAGUUUUGCAGUCUCAGUCAGUCUGUUCUCUGUUUUUAAAGAUACGAUUUGCAUAGGCACAGUCCUUAUGGUGUUUAUAGUAAACCAGUUUUUUAAUAAAUGUUUCUAUAUCCUAUCAUUUCCUAGAUUUUAAUCUGAUUUAAAAAAAAAAAAAGGUAGAGGGAUAAGGGCACUCAGCUGAUCUGAAGUCACCUACACCUUAGAAAUAUGUGGUUUUUUACACCUUAGUAGUAUACUUUUGUGGAGGGGAGUUUAAAUUGAUUGCUGCAAAAUCAGCUUAAAUUAUCUGGAUUUCUAUAUUUUAUUGUUACCGUAACAUUAGAGCUUGUGAAAGGUGCCAGACUGACAGCCUUGAAGUUAAUCCGAUUGUUCCAUUAUUUCCCGGCUCCUCCCAGCCUUUCAAAGACAUCUGCUUUUUCCUAAUCUCCCAUAACUCUCUUUUUCAGAUGAUUGCUGAGGCUUUUGAGACAGCAAGAACCACUUCCCUAGGUAUCCUUAGAUGAUGCUUGUCUAAUCUGAAGAUGUCUAAUGUAUUUCAUUAUGUUUAAUUUCAUUACUCUCUAUCUCAUUCUUUCUCUGGUGUCUGAGACCUUUUCAUCAAUACUAUGUGCCUGAACAGUGCCAUCUUUUUAAAGGGCUUUUUAAAGCGCUUAUCUUUUUAGAUAUGUUAAUUAGUCUUUAGAGAGAACAAAUUCAAAAGAAGUAACAGACAAUCCAGCUUGAAGUUCAUCCACUUAUUCCUUUCACUUGACUAUAUCAGUAUUUUCUUUGGGCCAUUCAACAAAGUGUGUGCCAACAGCAAUAAACUACUCUCAUAUAUGGCACAUUUUAAGAGAUGGCCCAGAAACAACCUGUCAAAAGAAGCUGAAGCACAAGCAGCCUGUGAUACCAGUUCACAGGCUGUUGUUCUAUAAAUGUUCUUCGGAGGGGGAUAUGACCUUGUUCAAGAAACUGUUCAAAAGCAGUGCCUCCCUGCACCCCUGAAGGAUGUAGGGUGGGUCUGCAGGAGCUGAGGUAGUCCUGCAGCACAGAGCAGUGUGCACAAGCAGUGCUUCUCUAGAGGUGGGCAAGCAGAACAAUUGCAAACACAAAACAAAGGGUGCUUUCACUGAUGUGAAAAGCUUAAGGGAAAACCUUGCUCAGCCUGACUGAAUAUGUUCUUAAACACUGUGCCUGCUGCUUCUCAUGUGGAUGCAUCCUAGCAGUAAAGUGAAACGAGCUGUGAGUCCUAGGGAAGGCUGCAAGGGAGAGAAAGCUUUGGAGAGAGGUGAUGAACUGGAUGGGAAAGUAGAAGGACAAAGGAUAAGCACCAGGAGAAACUUGGGAAGUUGGGGAAGAUUGCUGGGAGAAACAGGAACCCUGAAAUAUUUGGAAUAAUAAGCAAAUGAAGACAUUGCAGCUGGCUGUGGUGAACAAAAUAGUAGGUACCAAACCAAAAUGGCACAUAAAAGAGUAGCUUGUUCCAACAGGCCCGUUUGGUAUGUGUUCAGAGCUUGGAACAGACAUAGCCUGACACUGCUAGCUGCAAAUUAAAUUAUGUUAUAGUAUACAACACAUUAUAAAUAUUAAUGCAUACUCUAUAGUCAAUUUUUAUUAUAUACACAUACUGAAACUA